UUAAAUGAAUAGAGACCAUGCGAAGAGGCUCUGCAGAUCUCUCUACUGUGGCAAACGGUUUAAAACGAUUCCCAUCAUCAAAUUUUGACCCUUCAAAAAUGUUGGAACAUUUUCAUUUCUGUCACAAAUCUAAGACUCUAAAUUUCGACCUCUAAGAAAAUUCAAAAUUGUAACAUUUCGUAGUUUUUGAUCAUCAUCAUCAUGUCCAAAGGCACGGGACCGAUGUCUAAAUUGUAUAAUGCUAUCAUUCUCAGCGUAGACAAGAUUGUGCCCCAAGCAGCUCAGCCGCUGUGGCAGUCACCAGCAGGGCCGAAAACUGUCUUCUUCUGGGCCCCGUUUUUUAAGUGGAGCCUAGUUGCGGCUGGACUAGGCGACACAUUGAGUCGCCCGGCUCAGAAUAUUUCGCUGAAUCAAUGCGGCUCCCUGGCGGCAACUGGCUUGAUCUGGUCCCGCUACUCAGUGGUUAUUAUACCAAAGAAUUACAGCCUACUGGCCGUCAAUAUGGCUGUCUUCUUCAUCCAGUCGUUUUUGGUAGUUAAGCAUCUGAGGUGGCGCAACGAAAAGGCCCGGAAUACUGUCUUCAAGCACCCGUACUAUCCCAUUUGGUCGGGCGAUGAUUGGUGAGAUCUGUGAAGCCACAAUACUGAUGAUAAAUAAAACAUAAUCACUUUUGGUUUGCCGCUCUGGA